AUGGAGACUCGCUCGACUGCACGGAGAUCUCGUAGCUCCAACAUCCACAACUUCAAGAGUGGGCUCACCCUGUGGCUGGUGCUGUGGUUGGUGGUGGUGAAGCCGAGUGGGGCGGGGGCGUGUCCAAGGCUGUGUGUGUGUUACCCGUCGCCCAUGACGGUUAGCUGCCAGUCUCAGAACUUCACCACCGUGCCCUCCGGAGUGCCCUAUGACUCCCAGCGUGUCUUUCUGCAGAACAACCGCAUCACCGAGCUCAGAGCAGACACCUUUGGCUUCGAGACACAGGUUCUCUGGCUCUACUCCAAUAACAUCACAUUGAUUGAGGCUGGAGCCUUUAGCAACCUGAGGGUUCUAGAAGAGCUGGACCUUGGUGACAACCCGUCGCUACGGCGACUGGAGGGCGGAGCGUUCCGGGGACUGGAGAAGCUGCAGAGCCUGCACAUGCACCGCUGCAAGCUGGCCGCUCUCCCCCACGACCUCUUCCUCAAACUCUACAGCCUGCAGUUCCUCUACCUGCAGGAGAACCAGCUGCACUUCAUACAAGACGACCUCUUCUCCGACCUGGUCAACCUGACCCACCUCUUCCUGCAUGGCAACCGUAUCCGCACGCUGUCCGAGAACGUGUUCCGUGGCCUGGUCAACCUGGACCGCCUCCUGCUCCACGACAACCGCAUCCGGCAGGUCAACCGCCGUGCAUUCCGCGACCUGGGCCGUCUGACCAUCCUCUACUUGUUCAACAACUCCCUGGCAGAGCUGCCGGGCCAGGCCAUGAAAGACGCUGUGGCAGUCCAGUUCCUCCGCCUCAAUGGGAACCCCUGGUCCUGCGGCUGUGAGGCCCGCCCCCUGUGGGAGUGGUUCCGUACUGCCCGCAUCUCCUCCUCCGAGCUGAUGUGCUCAUCCCCCUCCCCCCGCCGCGGACAGGACCUGCGCUUCCUCCGAGAGAUGGACUUUGCCCUUUGCCCCCUCCCUGACCCCGGGUCAUUGGCCGGCACCACCACGACCACCUUCAGCACCAAGACAAGAUGGUGGUUCUCCAAGCACAAGCCUGCAGCCUCGUCCAAAGGAAUCUUCCAGAAGAGCUCGGAGACGGUCAAGGCGUUCCCCUUCUCCUCGGUCAAGCCCAGCCAGCCCUCCUCCUCCUCCACCUCCUUCUCCUCUAAGUAUGAGCUGGCGGAGGAGGAGGUGAACCUGCCGAAGGUGGACCAGGAGGAGUACUGGGCCAACUACGGGAAUGAAGACGCCUCUGUGCGCUGCUUCGAGCUUGAGUGCCCUCCCGGCUACGACACCACGGUCCUCCUGCCCUCCUCCUCCUCCUUCUUCUUCUCCCCCACUCCGUCUUUCCUCCCUCUCCUCUCUCUUUCUGUGCUAACUCUGUCCCUCCAUCUUCUCUUUGGCUGAACAUCCCCCAUCAGCCGCUCCUUUUCUCCAACUUUAUUUUCUCCCUCCUCUUUCUGCUCUACACACCUGGAUCGUGAUUGCUUUCAGUUUCCCCCCUGGCCCCCAGGGGGCGGUACACUGAUGCAGGGAGCUGCUCUCAGGAGCACAGGUGAGAUGCAGUGUAGGACACCAUUUGAUUGGAGGGCACUGCUACUGCUGAUAGGGCUGAGCUCCUUUUUCACUGAGAUGGCAUCACAGCAGCAGGUUCUGUCACCGUGACAGCAGGAUAGUGCGGCCAGCUUACACGAGCUCCAUACACUACUGUACCACCGCACUAACACAUCACACACCAAGACACUUAAACGUCCAUACAUAUAGUACCAUAACACAAUACUGCAUUAAAUUCAUACCACUCAGUAAGAUGGUGCUGUUUUCAGGAAGUUGUUCACCACAACUACUAGUUUGUAUACGCAACAAACAACGCAGGCGUUGGGUAUUUUGUAUGGCGCCAAGCGCUCACCAUUGUAAACCACUGCAUACCAGUUCUGCAAAGAAAAUAUUUUCAAAAGCAACACUUUCCUUUGUUUUUGGUUUAAUGACAUUAGAGUCAUCAUUGUUCACUGACCUUUCAACCUUUACCUCUCCACCUGCGAUACCAGGGCUACAGCAGCAAGAGAUAGAAAGCACUGAGGUCAUCUCAUAAAGGAAAUAGUAGAAAGACAAGAAUCAUAAUGGAAAAAUUCUGUAGUGAGACAACUAUCAGUGAAAUGGUCAAGGAGAGGUGGAUAUAAAUCAAUUAUGAAGAAAAGGAGGGUGAUAAUGUACAGGGAUAGGAGAGAGAGAUAAAAAAGAUGAAGUUCCAAGGAUGAUGGCAAGCAAGAGAGGAUAAAAUAGAGAGGGAAGCAGUGAGAGUGAACAGAUUAAAAAGAGUUGUUAAGACAUACAGCAGAUAUCAGGCCAUGUCAGAGAUCAGGCCAGGUUAGAGAUCAGGCCAGGUCAAAGAUCAAGCCAGGUCAGCGAUCAGGCCAGGUCAGAGAGCCAGCGAGGGAGUGAAAGCUAUGGCGUCUUUCCAACUCACUACAUUUGAUAUGUAAUCUGUUUGUAAUUUUUUUUGUCAACACAAUCAAUAACAACCACACUGUAAAUAUCUCACACUUUAAACUCUACAUAGGUAGUGAUACACUUGUGACACUAGAUAGCAACAUACAUGACACUGCUGUGUAGUUUAGUGUAUGAAGCCCAUGCUUCAACGUUCUUCUUGUUUUCUUGUUUUAGUUUUUCCAUUGGUGAUUGUUGCCAUGAGUGAUGCCAUCAUGUUUAUUAGUAUGUAUGUAAAGAUUGAGGAGAUUUGAAGAUACAUUUCAUUUCCUUCAAUUGUCCGUCUCUACCUCUUGUUUUAAAGUCUGUGGUUCCCCUCUUUUGUGUGUCUCUCUCUAUGUGUUAUUGUGAGAUGCACACAGAGGGACAGUACUGAGGAGAACCUAUAGCCCAUUAUGGUGACUGAAGCCCAGGUUGAGCCGGGUUGAUCCGGUCCAAAUGAGUGACAGUGACCUGCUGUGGGUCAGCAGCAGAUGAGGAGUGGCCAGUCAUCCCUUUAAUGUGUGUCUGUGUGUCAGUAGCCUCUCAUGUGUUAAAAGACUAUUAACGAUCCCUCUCGUUAGCAAGCUGUCAUAUUUCAAGCAGCUCUCAUAUGUUAACGAGUCUGACUUCAAGAGGAUUCCACUGUGAGCAGAAAACACAGCUGUUUGAUUCCAGAUCUAACACACCACAGGUGCAUGGCUGAAUGUAAAUCUCUGUCGAAUCAAAUGCAAAUCCAACUAGGUAAUGAUGAGAGGGUCGGGGCAUUUCUGCUUGUCACUCACCAUGUGCCACUCCCCUCUUCCUCAGACUGUGGUUGAAUGGAAUAAGAAUGAAAUUGUGAUACUGUUACAUUUUUAUUUUCAA